AUGACUUCAGAGCCAAUAGGGGUCCACUGUAGGGUGUAUGUCUCUAUAAGGCGUCGGUGGGGCGUGUCUCCUGUAGGGCGUGAAGCGGGGAUUUCCUUCUCAAUCCACAUUGAUAGGCAAAGGAAUAAACUAAUCAGGACAGAAAAUUUGCAUCACAGGCACUGUAUCCGAAAAAUUCACAUCGUCCUCGCCGGCAUUUGGUUCAUUUUCAACAGCGCCUUUGGGUCAUCGCUCCCAUCAGGAGCCCACGAUGCAAUUGCAGACGACUUCCACUUAGCCCACGAUGACACAAAACUGGUGCUUCCCAACUCGUUAUAUCUCGCCGGAUUUGCCAUAGGCCCUCUCAUCUUUGGACCGUUGAGUGAACAUGUCGGUCGAAAGCCAGUCCUCAUCGGCACAUUCAGCGGGUACCUCAUCUUCACCAUGGCCUGCGCGCUGUCACCAAACUUGCCCGCCCUGCUCGUAUUCCGUCUACUGGCUGGCUUGAACGCAGCAUCUCCCAAUGCCGUUAUCGGGGGAUUAUAUGCGGAUAUUCUAGAUGACCCAAAUACGAGAGGAAUCGCAAUGGCUCUGUUCAUGGUUGUGACCGCAUUUGGGCCUCAACUGGCGCCUCUUGUCUCGGGGUUCGUUUCCGAGGUCUCAUGGCGCUGGGCAUUCUGGGUCGGGCUGGCUGCCGGAGGUGUAGGAUAUCCCCUAAUUCUCUUCAUUCCCGAGACAUACGUGCCUGUCUUGAAAAAAAGACAUGCGCAGAAGAUGGCUCGACUGGGAAAUGAGACACACACGACACAUCAAAAUCUUCAUACGCGAGGAACGAAUCCUGACACUGACAGCAUCCUCAAUAUCUUCAUGCGACCAUUCAAAAUGAUUGUCACAGAGCCGAUUCUUUUGUUUGCGUCGCUCUUCAUGGGCUUCACGUAUGCCCUUUUUUACUUGUAUUUCCAGGCUUAUCCACUCAUUUUCCAAGACUUGUAUGGGCUAUCACCUGGGAUGGCAGGGCUUGCAUUCUUACCCAUCAGCGUGGGAGCCUUGAUAUCAUUCUCCCUUUUCUUGUUAUAUGGCUCAUGGCAUUCAAAGGCUGUGCAGCGAGGCAAGGAGUGGGUGACACAGGAGGAAUACAGGCGCCUACCACUCGCUGCACUCGGAGCACCUUUACUCCCGAUAGCUCUCUUCUGGCUAGGGUGGUCAUCCAAGGCAUCUAUUCACCCCGUGGUUCCAAUGAUGUCCGGCCUUCUCUUCGGUAUCGGAUACAUCCUCAUUUUCAUGGCGAUGAUCAACUAUUUGACCGAUGCCUAUGAACAGUACUCUGCCUCGGCGCAAGCCGCUGCCAGCACUUUGCGUUCUUGCUUUGCCGUCUGCCUACCUUUGGCGACGAACUCCAUGUAUGGAAACCUGAGAAUCAAUUGGGCUAGUUCCGUUCUGGCCUUCGUGGCUAUUGUGCUGGCCGUGAUUCCCUUUGUCUUCAUCCGAUACGGACAAUGGAUUCGAAGCCAUAGUCCGUUCUCUCAUCGAGUCAUGAAGGGGCAGUUGGCAGGAGACAGUCCAGCAGAGGGGGAGCCUGUUCUUUAG